CUUAUCUCUACGGAGAGAAGUAAUAAUAUACAAAAAAUAAAUAUAAAAUCCCGCCUGCCAGCUUGCCGGCCUUACCGCCUGCUAUCCUUCACGCCAGCCUGCCUGCCGGCCAUUCUAAAUUUCCAUAAAUGGAGAACAUAUCUUCUUCAAGUGAGGCCGGGAGGACUCCUCCGCGCCGACGUCGCCGACAUGAUACGUCAUCGUCUGAGGAGGAGUUGCAUUCUGGCCAAGAAGAAAUUGCAGAGGGGAUAAUUGGGGGUGGAGGACAGGAAAUUCCACCUCGUCCCGUUGCCUCUCAGAGAGGUCCUCGAGCCUCUGCCAGAGGAAGUCGGGGAGCGUGCAGCGGUCGGGGUCGUGGUUCCAGAAUCUCCACCAGAAUGGAGGAGGAGGUCGGCUUUUUUAUAGAUAACGAGCUCCUUAUUCAGCUGGUGGAGGCGCGUCCAGCGUUGUGGGACCACACUGACCGCCGCCACGCAGACAAUCACGCAACUCUGUUCCUCUGGCACGAAAUCGGUGAGGCAAUUGUGCCGAAUUGGGAGGACCUCGGAGACAGACAACAGGAGCAGUGCCGGGCAACAAUCAUGGUUCAGUGGCAGUCCAUCAGGGACUGCUACGAGAAAGAUUACAACAAGGAACUUCGGACCCCGAGUGGUUCGGGAGGAACCUCAAGGCAGGAAUUUCGCUAUCAUUCCGCCUUGGGGUUCCUACGAAGAACCCUAGAGCUGCAAAGAUCAUCAAGCACUACUCGGGCACCCGAAGUUCCUCAGGAGGCAGUCCUUGAUGAGCCGGCCACCGCGGGUCCCUCUCGUCCUGCUCAAGGAACUGGUCAGGACUCCGAUGUUCCCCUACCUCCGCCCCCUGGUGAUGCAACGAUGGCCCAAUUAGCCCCAUUAUUUGAGGCCAUCAUCCGUCGCCAGGGGACAGGUAGGAGCCGUCAGGCGGACUACGAGGAUCUCACAAGGCUCGUUUACGAGUCCUUGAUGGGAUUCACAAAUAGAGUUGCCAGAUUGGAGGAUAAUUUGCGUCGUCUUCAGGAGGGGACGGUGUUGACGUUGCAAAUGAGUCCGGUGCAACUUUAUUUGAAUUCGUUAGUCCCCGUGAUGGAACAGUUUACGCCUGACCAAUUGUUUGAGGCCAGAAGCCUAAUGGACUGCGCCUUGUGGCAAGUGCAACACCGCCCCACAUCCUAUCUCCCACCCCACACCUAUCCCCCAUCCCAGUCCCAAACCCAUGAGCUAUUUUCUUACCACUUUUCUCCUUCUACUCCUCAUUACUAUCCUCCAACCUCUUUCACCACUCCCUCUAACCUAGCUCAGCAAACUCAAUCUCCUGCCCCAUCCUCCACUUUAAAUACUCCCACUGUUGCACUUGCCCCAACGUGCACUUAUUUGUCCACAGUUGCAGAACAGCAACAGGACAGAGGGCUCCUAACCCGUGCACUGCCCUCCACCCCCCACUCUUCUAGUCCCCCCAGGCCUGUUUUUAGGCAAUUAUAA